GAGAUGCUGAAAAUGUAACUUCCGGGAAGAUGAAGAUGGUUGUUGAUUUUUUUUGGAAGGGAGCAAAAUGAUAUGUAAGGGAUUUUUGAAGACGUGAAUCUAUCUCUCACCCUCAAAAUGGGUAAAUUGAAGUGUUUUGAGAUAAUCAUGUCGGAAAACAAAACAGUUUUCCAUCCCGGUGAAAAGGUAGUCGGGAAGGUUGUGGUCGAGUUGAAAGGCGAUAUGAAGAUGAGAUCUUUGCGAAUUUUUAUGAGAGGUGUCGCCAAGGUGCAUUGGACUGAAAGUCGAAGUACAGGCAGUCGACUGGGCUCCUACACAGAGCAUUACAAUGCAGAGGUCGAGUACUUCUUCAAAAGACAGGUGCUUUUCGGUGGAGAGGUCUCGGAAGGAAGGGACACAUUAUUGGAAGGACGACAUGAGUUUAACUUCAACUUUGAACUGCCAAUGGGUGGAAUCUCAACCUCUUUUGAGGGUAAGCAUGGAAGCAUUAGGUACUGGCUCAAGGCAGAGAUGGAUAAACCUUGGUCGUUUAAUCACAAAACAAAGAAAGCCUUCACCGUCAUCAGUCCUAUUGACAUCAACAAACCAGAGUACCAGACGUGUGUUCAGAGCAGUGCAGAAACAACCCUAUGUUGUUGGUUGUGUACAUCGGGGCCAAUCUCCAUCACCGCCAGGUCUGAUCGCCGUGGCUACUGUGCUGGAGAAUCAAUAGCAGUGUCAGCCGAGUUUGAUAACCACUCAUCACGAACGGUGAUACCCUAUGCUACUCUGUACCAAACACAGGCCUUCUUUGCCAGUGGCAAAACAAGGGUCAGGAGAACCAAGUUCACAGUCCUCACAGGAUUACCUGUGGCCCCUGGGACCCGAGGGAACUGGGAGUCCCAGCUCCUCAAGAUCCCAGCAGUGUCUCCAUCUAUCAUGAACUGCUGUGUGAUGAAAGUAGAUUAUUACAUCAAAGUCGCCUUACACAUACCCGGGGCUUAUAAUUUGACCAUGCAUUUACCCAUUGUCAUCGGAACAGUUCCAUUUAGACGUGGAACCUUCAGGUUCCCAGAGCCACAUUUCUUCAGAGAGAACCAACGUCAUUUUGAUAGUGUGGAUUAUCUUCCCAUCCCCCCACCCUACAGAGAGACAAUCACACCACCUCCACCAUUUGAUGACCCACCGACGUACCACGAGAGUGUGGGUGGAGCCGUGAAUAUCUGGGACGAUGAGGACGACGACCCGAGAUACAACAUGGGCGACCUCACUUAUACACCUAUGUACACCUACGUUUACAACUACAGACCUCCACCGGCAUACUCCGAGUCGCGCUCAUCCGAGCUCUCUUCGCCACAGGAGGACCCUAACCCAGUUCAGAUAUGUGAAGUCCCUGCCAUCAGAUCGGCAGCUGAAGAUGUAUGAUGAUGUCUUACCUGCAAACAAUGUGUCAUUUAUUUUAAAAUACCUGUUGGUGCAGAUCUGUCACCUGUGACUGAAAUGUCGGUAAUACAGGUGUGACGUUUAUCCUCCUGCUCUACAGUUGGUUUUGUGGCCUUUUGCAUUGCUAUGACGACGUCGAACCACUUUUUAAUGACCAUGUACCUCAAUUGAAUUGACUAAGUGUUAAUAACACUGGUGUUAAGAGAAGAUCACUAUGAAGGUAGGUCAUCCUGUUAAUAAGGCAAUCUCAAGGUUUGUAAUCAGGACGGAGAGAUCACGGAGAAGGCCAUCUUGUCAACAGCAGCGGGCCUACUCACAUACAGUAUGGCCAUCACAAAAUCGUUUAGAAUAUGAUGUAAGAAAAAUGAAACAUUUUUGAGUCUAGAUAAUGAAUGAAGGUAGCAUUUGUACGAAUCAUUUGUAUGGAUCAUUUUCAGCUUUUUACCAUGCAUUGAUUUUUGUUUUGAUUAACUGCAGCAUGUAUUACAUGACCAUUGCUCCAACUCACUCUUGACAAGAUUAAUAUUUGUUUAAUAUUUCACCAGUUUAUGUGGUCACAUUUACGAGAUGGUUUAAAUAGUGAUUCUGUAAGACUACGUACGUGAGUAUAUAAAAUCAUGGGUAGAUGUUGUACAAUUUCAUUUUUUGGAAUAAAUACCCGGAUUUUUUUUUAAAUUAUUAGGAUGUAUCUUUUCAUACAUUUGUUUCAAAGAUGUGUCAUUUCUCUAUAAAAUAGGGAGUCUUAUUGUUAUGAAUUGUAUCAGUUAUUCUAUUCACUGACAGAAAAAAAAUUGCACACAAUUUUUAAAAAAAUCUGAAAAAUCCUAAAAGAUAAAAAGUACUUAUUAUCCUAAUCUUAUAUACUGGUGAUAAUGAAACGGUAAUUUGUUGUUCUUUUUUACUCUGGCCCUGAAAACUUAAUAUGAGUUGGUUGGAAAGUGUUUUUUUUCUACCAAGGAUAAGGUUAUCGGAGUGAAUUGAGAAGAGGUUGUUUUUGAUGAGGUGUUGAGAUAAACUAGAUGAGUUUAUCACGUGGAAUGUAACACAACAUGUAUGUUUGUUGGUGCUAUAUAUUAGUCGUUUUCAAUAGUUGUUGUGCAUAUUAUUUAUUGAAUAGUUAUUAUUUACAUAUAAUCGUAAGGCAUUUUAUGUAAAAAACGUUUUAUAUUAAUAUUAUUGUGUUUGUUGAUAACUGAUUAAUAAAUGUUCGGUACUCUAGUAAACGUGAUCUGGUAAAUUGCGAAACUUUUGUUGCAUAAGUUUCAUUUUCUGUUUAACAGAAAUUACUAAUUUACACAAAACGAGAAUAAAAUGUGCAGAAACGUUCUUGAACUAGACAAAAUCCAUUUUAUUUGAACGGAGAAAGAUCUUAUAAACCCCCCAUGUAUAAAUACAAUUGGCUUCAUUUUCAUUUUUGUGAAUGUAGAAUUGGUUUGAGAGUAUGGGAGAUUGACAUUGUUUACUGGUUAGAUUAAGGAGUUGUUGAUUUUACUAAAUGAUAGAACCGGUGUAGUUAAUUGAAAGCAUGAAUGAAGUAGUAUACAACACACAAAUGUCACAAACUGAGGCCCCUUUAGGGUGUCGUAUAUACACACUCAGCAUCUUGAUGAUAACCUUAGCAAGUAUUCAUUUCAUGGAUGAUGUGUAAGUUUUCCUAAAUCCUUAACAAAGCUUAACAUUGAUGAUGUAUCAGUGUCAAGCAAAGCAUAUUCUAGACACAUGUUGUUAUAAUGUAUUACCCAAAUUCUUCUCCUAAUGUUAAAUCCGUAUUUUAAUUUAAUAAUGGUAUAGGUUUAUACAGGAGGGGAACAAAGUGUAGUAUAGGCUUAUACAGGAGGGAGACAGUGUGGUAUAUGUUUAUACAGGAGGGAGACACAGUAUGGUAUAGGUUUAUACAGGAGGGAGACACAGUAUGGUAUAGGUUUAUACAGGAGGGGAACAAAGUGUGUUACAGGAGGGAGAUGUGGUGUGGUAUAGGCUUAUGCAGUAGGGAGACACAGUGUGGUAUAGGCUUAUACAGGAGGGUGACACAGUGUGGUAUAGGGUGUUACAGGAGGGAGACGCGGUGUGGUAUAGGGUGUUACAUGAGGGAGACGCAGUGUGGUAUAGGCUUAUGCAGUAGGGAGACACAGUGUGGUAUAGGGUUUUACAGGAGGGAGAUGCAGUGUGGUAUAGGCUUAUACAGGGGGGAGACAGUGUAGUAUAGGCUUAUACAGGAGGGUGAGACAGUGUGGUAUAGGGUUUUACAGGAGGGAGAUGCGGUGUGGUAUAGGGUGUUACAGGAGGGAAACACAAUGUUGUAUAGGCUUAUACAGUAAGGAGGCACAGUGUAUUGAAGAAUUACAAAUAUACAUAGAAUUGUGUAGGAUUGUAUAGCAUUAAAGCAAAACAUCGCAGAGGUUUGUACAGCAGGCAAAGCAGGUAGCGGCAUAUGCUAACUAGUCAGAAAUAAUGAUACUUUUGUUAAAAGAAAUUGAAUUCAAGAUGAAAAAAAUUACAAACAUAUUUCACUUAUACAAGAAAUCUUAUAGUAAAACUUAAAAAAGAUAUUUGAAAAUCACUGUUGGAUCACUGUGAAAUUAUUUAAAAGUAUUCAUUACUUAAAAUGUUGACGAUUAGCAGUGUAAACAAUUCACAUUGCAUGAAGUAUAACAUUGUCUUUAUAGAUAUAACACAAAGACUAUCCCCAUUUCUCAGGUAUAGUACUCCCAGCCUGACAUUUUAUACCCCCUACAUUUAACCAACUGCUACUAUUUAUUUGUAUUGUUGACAUCACCAUUACAUGUACAUUACAUGUUGAUUAACAUAGAAAGUAUUUAUUUUUGUUUUUGAUGUUUCAUACAUAAAUAUAUUCAUGGUUUAGAGUCAGCCUGUGUGGAUAAAGUUUUUCUUGCUUCAUGUUUUUAUAAAAGAUGCCUGUAUGUAUUUCCAGUGCAAUAUUUGCACCGAAAUAUUGUUUUGGUUUUAUUUAUUUCAUUUUUGAAAUAUUAUGUAAAUAAUGCUAACAUCAAAACAGAUACGUAUACAUCCAGGGCAUUUUUAUAUCACAACUAUACACAAUAUUUUUCAAUUUAGCAUUUGGGAUUUGAAAUUAAGUUCAGCUGAGAUUGAUUUAAAAGCAUUCUUUAAUUUACUUAAUAUCAGUGCAAUUUUGAUCAUGAAUUAUUUUGGGAAUGUCCAUUCAUUUUAUUAUACUUAUAACAAUAGGAUGGCAUUUAUGAGUUUUAAGUUGAGAUUGAUUUAACUAAAAUCCUGAAAAGUAUAAUAUUAAAACAGGUAUAUGUGCCUAUGACCUGUUUAAACAGCAUUAAUCAAGCCCACAUGUACAUGUUGGGUCAUAUAGUCUCGCUAUACCCUGGUGUAGAAGUUGGCACACACACUGUUUUUUUCCUAGAGGUAUUCUUAGAUUCAAGCGAUAUCAAUUUGAGUAAAUUCAUGUUAGUUUAUUGAUGAAUGUCAUCGUAUUCAACAUCCUUAUGGGUUUAAGAAGGAAAUUCUCUUCUGUAUCAGUUUUUUCUGUAUUGCAUUAUGUACUAGAUUUUAUUUUUUUGUAAGUGUCCAAGGGAAGGUAACUUCAUCAUAUUAUUAACUCGUUAGGCCCAAAGUGAUAAAUGUGCUUAUGGUAUUGUGUAGCAUACAUUAUCCAUCUGUUCAUAAACUAUUUUUUCUUUAAAACAGUAUCUACUGUACAUCCAUAUUGAGAUGAAGGGCUAUAAGUUUGUUCAAAUGAAUGGUAUUGACCCACAUUCAAGGUCACAAGGGCAAAUAACUCCAUAUGAACAACCAGAAGGCCCAGGAUCAUAGUAUGUAAUAUGUUGGUAUUAAGGGCAGUAAACUUUGUUAAAAAAUUAUUACUUUACCAACUAUUAAGGUCAUAGAGGUAAAAUGUGUUAACAUGAUUUAAUGAUGUAAAGGUAGCUUUUGCUGUAAUACUUGACCGAAUAGAACAUAGCCUUGUAUACUGUCAUUGAAGUGUACAUGUAAUCUUCUUUUAACCUUAUUGUGAUUCAGUAUUAAAGUGGGUUUUUUUUAAAACUCAUUUUAGACUUUCAAUCCAUAUUGAAGUUUAAAUAUAAUUUUAAACAUAAAAAGAAAUAAUAAUUUGAAGUGUUAUACAAAUAUAUUUUAUUUCCCCAAUUUGGUGGUUGAAUGUGAUAUACAUUUUCGACAUUUGUUGAGGAGUCCGGGCAUAAAAUCUAUACAUAAGUGAAAACAAAUUCCGGAUAUUUUCUUUUAAGGUUAUCUCCCUUGGACUAGAUUAAUUUGCCUUGUGAUUCAGUUUUGUUCUGCAUUAUUUUACACCCUUGGGUGUAGAGUUUAAGGCCAGAAUAUAACAGUGAACCUCCUUUCUGACCUGAUGUUUUACACACUUAGGUAGGUAGAAUUUCCAUAGCCCUCAUACUUAUUUACGAUAGACUCUCUCUUAAUCUCUGAAUAGUGUAACAACAUUCUAGAUUUCAUGAAAAAAAGAUGACAAGCACCUGUCUUUUAUGCAUGAAUAGUGUCGGUUGUUGCAUUUACCUGUAGUAUCAAUGAUCCUGAAUAAUCUUUAGAUUGCAAUUAUUGAUGUUGAAUAAACAUUGUUUUGUUCUAAAAUAUUCAGAAGUUAACAAGUUGUUCAUGGAUUUUUUUUAUUUU